CACGCUUGCACCUCGACGGUCCGUGCCGCCGCAGCCGCAGCCGCAGCCACCGUCAGUGAAAACCUUGUGUACGCGCGCGCAAACAAGGGUGGUUUUUCGAUAAAACAUUAACAUAUAAUUAUAUUUAUCUAAUAAUACAAGUUUUCAGUUGUAUUUGUACGAAAUAUACGGGAAAAAUAGUGAAUUAUAUGAAGUGAAGUGACGCUUUGGUGCUUGAAUAUCGAGCGUCGUGGUGGCCGCUAUGAGUUCUCUCGGAAGCCCAAACGGAAAUCUCUCACGAUAAUGGCGUACUUUCCGACGAUCCGUGCUUUUUUUUCAUGAAACCGUUUCAAUUACUUUUGACAUUAUAAUAUACUCGUAUUUUGUUCGUCGUGCGUUAAAAUUUUUGCUGAUUCAAAGAGAAAUUCUCAAGAAUAAAAUACACUCGAAAUAAAGUGUGAGAACUUUCUAUACCCAUCUUACAGUUUCUUCUGUUCACCCUUGUAAUAUACUUAAUGUGUGUGUAUUUUAGUUUAUAUUCUACGAGCACAAGAAAUAUUCUUUUGUACAGUUUAGUGCCACUGUUAGUGCUUCAGGUUCGUAAGGCAAAAAAGACGUGAAUUAACAAUGGGCACGUUAAUGACUAUAAGAGAGACUAUACAAUAUUCUCUUAAGCCUAAAAUAGAGGCGAAGAGUCCUGCAGCAUAGACAUGGACUCGUACGAUUUGUUUGGUGAAGAUGUUAGUGGCUCGAUGCUUGAUGCUCUUCCUGACCUCGGGGGGAACGAUCAUUUUGACCCUGCAGGCACAACUAAUUCUGUGGUAGUAUCUAGAGAUGGUCCUAACCCUGGUGUUAAUGGAGGAGGGAGUUACAUUAGUCAAUCUUAUAUAUCUCAAGAAUCUUCGCUUCAAAAACUAACUUCAUUUGGUGGACCUGAAUUUGGAAGUUCUAAUCAAUUGCAAAAUCCAUCACAGCGCAAUAUGUUUAAUCAGAAUCUUGGAACAUUUGACAGUGGUGCACCACAGCGUGCUAUCGUGCCAGGAGCAUUUCAAAAUCAAGCUCGAAAUAUGGCACCGCAACAUAGAGGACCUCAUCCUGGUAGUGGAGGACAAUAUCCUAAUUAUAAUGAUAAUAUGUAUUCAAUGGAACAACAGCAUUCAAUGACUAGAGCAAAUAUGUCUAUGGAUCCAAGUAUGCAAGGAUGGCCAGGUAGUGGAAGUGCUUACCCACAAAUGCAAAGACAUUAUAAUCAGAUGGCACCACAACCUGGUACUUAUCGGCAACAUAUACCUCCACAAUAUUCUCAUCAACAAGAUCAGGGUGGAGUUAUGAAUCAAAAAUUACAGCAACAACAACAUUUCGGUAAUCAGCAAAGCAUGAUAGGAACUAUGGGUGUACCGCAUCAAGCAAUGCAAACGGGUGGAACGGGUAGUGUUUAUCAACAUAUGGUUGGGCAACAGCAACAUUAUCAGCAAGGGAACUCAGUGACGAUGUACCAAACGUCUCCUGGAUAUCCAGGCUUUGCUUCUGCUAUUCAUCAACAACAACAGCAGCAGCAGCAACAGCAAAAUCAACAACCUCCACAAAGGAUGCCGCAUCAUCAUCCAUCUCAUCCAACUCAUCAAACACAUCCUUCGCAUACUCAACAAUAUCCUCAACAUACACAACAUCCUAAUCCACAGCAACAACCAAUAGAUCCUCAAUAUUCCCAUCAUGCAUCUUCAAUGUUCAAUCAACCUCAACAUUCUGGACCAGCAACACAGUUUGGUACUGCCAAACAUGCAACAAGUCCACAGUAUCGUGCAACUUUUCCACAAUUAUCUCCUCAAAUGUCACCUAGGCCUCAGAUGUCACCACGACCACCAGCAGUGCAACAACAGAUGUCUCCUAGACCUAUUAUGUCACCAGCUAAACCCAAUACCUUAUCCCCUCACCCACAUGUUCAACUUCCACAUCAACAAUCAAAUCAGCCUGCUACAAUGUCUGUGUCACCUUGCCCUCCAGCUUCAAUGCAAAUGAAUCCAUCUUCACAACAAACUACACUUCAAGCACUGGAGCAAAUGGUAAUUCCUGGCGUUGCCGCAUCAAAUUCAAAUGUUUCAAAUCAAGAUUACAAUCAAUACCAAGCACGUCCAGCGAUGUCGCAAACACCGAACAUUUUAUCUCAGUCUACUGCACAAAAUUCUAUACAACCUAUAACAGGUCCUAGAAUGCCAAUGCCAGCUCAAUGGUCACAUCAACAACAACAACAACAACAACAACAGCAGCAGCAGCAGCAACAACAAUCACAAAUAAGGCCAAAUACAAGUGAAGAUAGACCUGUAGUGGAAGCUCAACCUCCUGUAUCUGAACAAAGCACACCAAUGUUUCCAGUAACGGGAACAGAAACUGUUCACAGUGUUGCAGAAACUACAACUAGAGAUUCUACAGACUCUGUUCAUAACCCAAUUGAACCUCCAAAACAAGAAAGUGAAGUAUUGCAUCAAAAUGUUCAGGAACCACAGCAGGAUGUGCUUAAUCAACCAACUGACCCUUUAAUGCAAAAUAAUUCUCAAAAUAAUUCACCUUUGGAACAUACAGCUGGAAAAAUUUCUCAAGAAACUGUACAAUCUUUACCAGCUUCUUCUAGUACAAAUGGAAAUGUUGAUUGUCCAAGUUUACCAGCAUUGCCUCAACAACAGAUAACGCAAAGUCAAAUUCAGACUCCUGUUUCUACCGUUGAAAAUCAGAGUAAAUGUGAUACAAAACAGCCUGAUCAGCAUUUAGAGAUAAAUGCAGUAAGCUGUGCACCAGCUAGCAGUAAUAUAACUGCACACUCUCAGCAACCUGCAGUUAGCAGUCAAGCAACACAACAGCAGCAGCAGCAGCAGCACAAUCAACAGCAACCUAUUAAUUGUCCACAGCAACAAGUACAGCAAAUUCAUUUGAAUCAGCCUCAGGUAGUAUCGAUGCAACAAUCUCCAGUGCAAUCUCAACAACCUUUGCAGCCUUCGCAACAACCACAACUGAGUCAAGUGCAACAAUUAGGACAACAGUCUCAACAAGUGCAGCAAAUCAAUACUACUCAACAGCAAGCACCAAUUGCUCAAUCUCCACAAUCUACAUUAAAUCAACCACAACAAUCACAACCUCAAAUUUCUCAGUCUCAAUUAGCACAGCCAUCACAGCCAUCUCAGUCAACUCCUGUUUGUAUAUCACAACAAGUACCGCAACAAUCAACACAACAAUCUCAACCUCUUGUCACAUCACAAGUUGGUAUAGUGCCUCAAAAUGCACCAUUAAUUCCACCUCAAAUACCACAUCAACCACAGUUACAAGCUCCCAUACAAAAUACAACUCCUCAGUUACCAAGUCAAACUAAUCAAGUCCCUCCUACACAUUUAAAUGGUCAACAAAUUCCUACAGUUAAUCAGAGCAGUAGUAUAGUAUUACCUUCUCAUCAAACUGCAGUGUCAGUGCCAAAUUCACAAACUUCUCAUCCUGUACAACAAAAUUUUACGGAAUACACAAAUAUCCCGAAAAAUAAUAUCUUUCCAAAUGAAAUGAUGGUGGGUUCUGGUCAACAAUAUCCUUCUAGUGGUGAUAUGAUUAGUGGUAAUACUAUACCAAACAUGUACAAUAUGCCACCAAAUCCAACAUCAACUGGAGUUACAUCUGGUGGUUUUAGUACUUCUUGUACUCCCGUUACGCAUCAUCAAGAAAGAGCUGCUUUGCAACAGCAGUUGCAAGAAUUGUACUGCAUGCCUCCAGCUACUGAGAAUCAAGAAAAAAUUGUUGCUAUACAAGAAAAGUUACAAGCUUUACAACAACAUGAGAGUAAUGAUCAAUGUAAUGGUGGGCCUCAGUGCAUAUUACAAACUCCUAUGUUUACAACAGCUGUUGUGGAUAGUCCACAGGUUUCAAGCACUACUGGUCGUGGUCGUAGUAAAGGUACACCUAGAGCUAAAAAGAGCAGAAAGAAGGCCGAUAAAGAAGCAGUUGCUCCUCCUAUAGUUACUACUCAACAACAACCAGAACAGCCAUUGUCAGAUAAUCAAGUAACUCCAGGAGAUAGUAGCAAUAUUGUUGAUAGUGCUGCAGAUUCCGAGGAUAUCAAGCCAUCUUCAGGUGAUAUAGAAGACGAAUGGAACAAGGGUAGAAAAUCACGUCCUCCUAGGAAACCGCGUAAACCAAAGGAACCAAAAGAACCGAAGGAACCAAAAGAGCCAAAAGUUAAAAAAGAACCAAAACCACCAAAGGAAGCAAAAUCUCCUAAAGCACCAAGAAAGAGAAAUAAAGAUAAGGAUUCAACAAAACGUAAUAGAAAAAAAACUAAUCAGUCUGAAUCGGCUGAUGAUGAAAUUGCACAAGAAACAGAGGAAACUGCUGUUUCUGAUUCAAGUGCAAUUAAAGAAGCAGAUGUAAAGUUAUCUGAACCGUCCAUUCAAGGUGAUCAAGAGCAAGUAGAUUCUUCAACUUCCGAGCCUUUGAUAGUUGAAACAAAAGAUCAAAGUAAGCAGAAAACGGAGUCGGAGGAUAGUCCAACGGAUGAGAAGAAAGAAGAUAAUUCAGAUGCCGGUACAAACAUAGAAACUGCUACUCCUAAUAAAAAGAAAGCUGCUGCUCGUAAAAGAUCUGUUGGAAAAGUUUCAGCAGGAAAAUCUCCGAGAAGUUCGAAAAAGCGGAAAAGUCGAAUUGCGCCUGAUUCUGACGGAGAAGAAUUAGCGGCAACGCCACCACCAUCUCCAGAAGCUGGGGAUGAUAAUAAAAGACGUUCUGCGAGAAAUACGCAUCGUAAAAAAUACGUAGAUGACGUAAUGCUUAGAUUUUCCGAUGACGACGUACCUCUUCAGGAUGCUCAACUUUCUAAAAAAGUAGAUGGUGUAAACACAACAAAACCUGUCUCUGUAAAAAAAGAUAAUGAGGGUGGUGAAGUUGGGCCAAAUAAGCCUAAUUUUGUAUAUAUAAAUACAACGGAUGAAGAUUCUAUGGUUGUGCAACACAUAUUGUGUUCUCGUAUAGGAAAGAGAGAGAUUAAGCCAACAAUUCCGGAAGUGAAAGCAGAAUCAUCCGAGGAAAAAAAUGAAAAUACCGUAUCUGAUACAAAGGGUGAGGAAAAAGAAGAUGAAUUAAAGGAAGAAGUAUCUGAAAAAGAGUUGGUUUCGGAAGCAACCAACAAAGAUGAAAAGGAUGCAGAAAUUUCUGAGGAUAAAGACACUGAUGAUAAUGAUGUAAAAGAUAAGAGUAAACAUGAAGAAGCAGUUACAGAAUCUAAACAAGAAAGUGCUGUAGUAGAUGUAAAACCUCAAAUAGUGGAAGUUGAGGAAUAUUUUGUUAAGUAUAGAAAUUUCUCAUACUUACAUUGUGAAUGGAGAACUGAAGAAGAGUUAUACAAAGGCGAUAAACGAAUUCAAGCCAAAUUAAAGAGAUUUAAACAGAGGCAACAACAAAAUACGAAUAUCUUUGAAAAUACUGAAGAUGAUCCAUUCAAUCCAGAUUUUGUGGAAGUGGACAGAGUACUCGAUGAAGCAACCCACACAGAUCCAACAACUGGAGAAACUUUAAAACAUUAUCUGGUUAAAUGGCGAUCUCUUCAAUAUGAAGAUUCUACAUGGGAACUAGAAGAAGAUGUUGAUCCAGAAAAGAUAGCUCAAUUUAUAAAAUUUAAUAAAGUGCCUCCUAAAGAUCAAUGGAAGCCGAAAAAGAAACCAAAUGCCUCAGCAUGGGUAAAAUUAGAAGAAUCGCCAAUUUACAAAAAUAAUAAUAGUUUACGACCGUAUCAAUUAGAAGGUCUUAAUUGGUUACUUUUCUCGUGGUAUAACGGCCAUAAUUGCAUUCUUGCGGAUGAAAUGGGCUUAGGAAAAACUAUACAGUCCUUAACAUUUGUGGACGCUGUUUAUAAAUAUGGCAUUCGUGGACCAUUUUUAAUUAUAGCGCCUCUUUCAACCAUUCCAAAUUGGCAACGUGAAUUUGAAAGUUGGACUGAUAUGAAUGUUGUAGUAUAUCAUGGAUCUGCAGCGAGUCGAACAAUGCUUCAAGAAUACGAAGUUUAUUAUAAAAAUGAAAAAGGACAACAAAUUAAAGAUUUGAUCAAAUUUAAUGUACUGAUAACUACGUUUGAAAUAAUUAUAACAGACUUUAACGAAUUACGGGGAUAUAAUUGGAGACUCUGUGUUAUAGACGAAGCUCAUAGGCUGAAGAAUAGGAAUUGCAAAUUACUUGAAGGUCUUAGACAAUUGAAUUUAGAACACAGAGUUCUUUUAUCUGGUACACCUUUGCAAAAUAAUGUCAAUGAGCUUUUCUCGUUAUUAAACUUUCUUGAACCAGUACAGUUUUCCAGUAGUGAAGCAUUCCUUAAAGAAUUUGGUAAUUUGAGUAGUGAAAGUGAAGUUCAUAAAUUACAACUUCUUUUAAAGCCAAUGAUGUUGCGUCGACUUAAAGAAGAUGUGGAAAAAUCAUUAGCUCCAAAGGAAGAAACAGUAGUUGAGGUGGAAUUAACAAAUAUACAGAAAAAAUAUUACCGUGGUAUCUUAGAAAGAAAUUUCUCUUUUCUCGCAAAAGGCACCACAUCAGCUAACAUUCCGAACCUUAUGAAUACAAUGAUGGAAUUAAGAAAGUGCUGUAUUCAUCCAUUCCUACUUAAUGGUGCAGAAGAUCAAAUACAGUUGGAUUAUAAGACUGGUGAAAAGGAAGAUUCAGAAGCUUAUUACCAUGCGCUAGUAAACAGCUCUGGAAAAAUGGUUUUAAUUGAUAAAUUGCUGCCGAAACUGAAAGCUAGCGGGCACAGAGUAUUGAUAUUUAGUCAGAUGGUGAAAUGUUUAGAUUUGUUAGAAGACUAUUUAUUGUAUAAAAAGUAUCCAUACGAAAGAAUUGAUGGUCGAAUUCGAGGAAAUUUAAGACAAGCUGCCAUUGAUCGUUAUAGUAAACCUGAUUCGGAUAGAUUUGUCUUUCUUCUUUGUACUAAAGCAGGGGGUCUAGGUAUCAAUCUUACAGCAGCAGAUACAGUUAUUAUAUACGACAGUGACUGGAAUCCACAAAAUGAUUUACAGGCUCAAGCUCGAUGUCAUAGAAUUGGUCAACAAAAGAUGGUUAAAGUAUAUCGUUUGCUUUGUCGAAACACUUAUGAAAGAGAAAUGUUCGAUAAAGCUUCUUUAAAACUUGGAUUAGACAAAGCUAUUUUGCAAUCAAUGAACACCAGCCAAGGAGGUAAAGAUCCUAGUAAUAAACAGUUGACUAAGAAAGAGAUUGAAGAUUUGUUAAAGAAGGGUGCUUAUGGUGCUAUUAUGGAUGAUGAUAAUGCUGGAGAUAAGUUUUGUGAAGAAGAUAUAGAACAAAUACUUGAACGAAGAACACAGAUUAUUACGAUAGAAGCGGAGAAAGGUUCAACGUUUUCAAAAGCUAGCUUUGCAUGUUCUUCCAAUCGAUCAGAUAUUAAUAUUGACGAUCCAGAUUUUUGGAAAAAAUGGGCAAAGAAAGCAGAAAUUGAUACGACGGAGAAAAAGGAAGAAGAUGAAUUAGUAAUAUCAGAACCAAGACGAAGAACACAAAUCAAACGAUAUGGCCAUGAUGAAUCUGUUGUUAUGUCGGACCUCGAUAGUUCAGAUGAUAACAGCGACGAUGAAACAAGUAGUGGGUUAACAGGUAGAGGUAAAAAACGAAGAGAUAAAUUUAAUAAAAAGACUCGGAAGUUUUGCGACGAAUACGUUCCCCGAGAAGGUGAGGUGGUGUACGGUAGCUGGGCAAGAAGUGAAUGCUUUAAAGUUGAACGAGGUUUACUCACUUUCGGAUGGGGUCGAUGGGAAGAAAUUCUUCAACACAGCCAGUUUCGUCGAGGAUGGCGUGAAGUUGAUGUUGAAGAUUGCGCACGGGUCAUUUUACUAUACUGUCUUCGUUACUAUCGUGGCGAUGAAAAGAUCCGUAACUUUAUUUGUGAUCUUAUCACGCCUGUGGAAAACGGAGAGAAGAUAAAAAAUGUAUGUGUCAAUACCGGUGGACGAAAUAAUAGGCAAAAGAAGAAAGGACGAGUUAGGGAAGGUAGAGAAACACGUGGAUCAAUGAUUAACGGAGGUCCAAAUGAUCCUAAUCAUUGGAGUAAUGCUGAGAAAUAUGAUGGAGAUAUAUUUCUUGAAAGCAACUACAGGAAACACUUGAGUCGUCACGCAAAUAAGGUACUUUUACGCGUCCGAAUGCUUUAUUAUAUCAAGCACGAGAUUAUUGGAGAUUUAGUCCAACAUAUUUCUGAUGGUGUUCACGUCAGUGCGUUGCGGAUAAACCCUCCACAGUUGACGGAACGACCAGCGAAGUGGUGGGACUUGCAAGCAGACAAAUCCUUAAUAGUUGGCUGCUACAAACACGGCUACGAGAAUUACGACCAGAUGAGGAUCGAUCCCGCGCUUUCUUUCAUUUCAAGCUGUCCUCCCCCUUCCCAGUCUCAGAUUAUACAAAAUAAUAGCAGCAGCAGAGAUGAUACUAGCUUGGAAAAUGAUAUUGAAGAUGCUGAAUCUAUUGGAAUGAUGAAAGAUUCAAAAGAUUCCGACAAAUUUAGUCGAGAAACACCUACCGAUUCACCUGCUAUAUCUAGUAAAGCAGAUACACCUGGGCCAGAACCUAGUAGCAGUCAUGAAGGAAAUGAUGGUUUGCUCGAUGAUGAGAAGGCUUGGCCUUCUGUCGUUGACCUUAACACCCGUUUGCGUCGUGUAAUUUCUUCUUACCAACGAAGCGUGAAGAAGGAAGAUGUUAAAGUAUUACAAAAAUCUAAAACAGGAAUGGAAAGUGAAACAUCUAUAAAUCAUAAUUCACCAAUGAAUGAACCACCUUUAAAUAUGCAAGGGUGGGAUUUACAACAACUCGCUAUGUAUCUUUUGAAAAUGGAAAGAAGAGAAAAAAUGGAAGCUAUGGUGAAAGAAAGAGAGCGAACUCGUAUCGAAGAACAAAAAACUAAAUGGUCUCGUCGUGAAGAAAGUGAAUUUUUACGAGUUGUUUCUACAUAUGGUGUUAAUUACGAUAGAAAAAAAGCACAAUAUGAUUGGACUAAAUUUAAAAGUAUAGCCAGAUUCGAUAAGAAAACAGAUAAUGAUCUUACAGAUUACUAUAUGUCUUUUAGAGCAAUGUGUAAAAAGGCAUGUAAUGCUAAAUUGAAUGAUGAAGAUGAUUUUUCAGACGUUGCUGUUGAUCACCUUAGUCCAGCAAAAGCGAGACAAAUAUUAGAUCGCGUAGAUCUCUUGAGCAAGAUUCGUGAAGAAAUUUUAUCUCAUCCUCAUUUAGAAGAACGGCUCUCGUUAUGUCAACCAUCAGGUGACACUCCUGAUUGGUGGCAACUCGGUAAACAUGACAAGGAAUUACUUCUUGGAGCUGCAAAGCAUGGUUUAGGCCGUACAGAUAUAACUAUUCUAAAUGAUCCUGAUUUCUCAUUUCAUAAACUUCUAAAUAAAAAUAUGUAUAGCAAUAUUCAAACGUCAAAGAUUACAGACAAAUCUGAAAAAGCAAUUAAAAUUGAAAAUAGGGAAGACAUAUUGAAGUUUGAUAAAGAUGAAAUCCUUGUAAAGUUAGAAAAAGGUGAGGGUACUUUAAAAAUAGAGAAAGUUGGUGCUAAGAAAGAUAAAGAUAUAAAUGUGACAGAUAAAAGAACGGAAAAUACAGAUUCGGAAAAGAGCCAAGUAGAGUUAACUAUAAUUAAAGCCGAAAAUAAAGUUGAAGAGAAGCCUAUUAGUAAUGCGUUAACUAUUACAACGGUUGCAAGAAGUACAUCAACAGAUAAAGACCAUAUUCCAAAAGUAAAAACUGAAGAAAAAAGCGAAAUAGUAAUAGAAUCAAUAAAAAAUGAACCUUCUAAGACUGAUCAAAUCAUGGGGACUAAUAAAACAGAUGAAGUAAAAGCAAGUAAUGUAAUUAGAAGUGUUGAAGAAACGGCAACAACAAUAAAGACAGAAAUAGAAAAUCAAACUAAAGAAAAAGAAGCACCGAAAGUAGUUGAAAAGGAAAAUCAAGACGAAAAAUCGAAAGAGCUUCAGACGCAAGAUACUUCCAAAGAGACAAAUGAAAAAAGUUCGACAGAGCAAAAGGAAAAUACGGAAGGAACAGAAAAAUCAACUGAAAAUAAUGAAGAUGUAACACCUGAAAGUGAUAAAGUUAACGUAAAUGCAGUAACUGUUAAAGAAGAAAUAGAAGUACAAGAGGGAAAAACAACAGAUACGUGUAAAGAUAAAGCAAAAGUAUGCAAACUCGAAGAUAAAUGUAACGUUCAAGCAGCAGAACUUAAAGCGAUGUUUCCUGAUUUGGAAGUUAUUCAACCUUUGUCACGACUGACGCAAAUCGAUACAUUUGUUCUUCGAGACAAAGCAAUAGAUUAUAAUGAGCCCACAGUUGUGCAACUUUUAUCACACACUAGUAAUAAUGCUGUGAAAUGGCCAAAGGAGCAUGCAAUUGAAGCUCGUUUAAUGCAUAUUGUACACGCGAUUGAACAUAAAGAAUGGCCUGUGUCUGUGAACUUCAGUGCUGGUGAUGAAUCAGAUAUUCCUUCGAAUGAAAAAGAAUGUUCAGAGGUGAUAACUAUAACUACUGAUCACGGAAUGUCACGUAAUACAACACCUGGAAAUAAUGUAUCACAAUCUAAAAAACGCAAGAGGCAUAUUGCUAUUGAUGUCGAAACUGAAAGAGCAAAGCUCCAUGCAUUAUUAAAUAGUAGUAGCCAUACGGUUACUCAGUCACCCGCAACUUUAAGUAAACCUACUGUGUUGUCUGGCUCUAAUACGUGGGAAAUGAACGAUGAAUCGCCGUCCGAAGAAUCGAGACGUUCGACACCGGUUCAACCACCUCCAGCGCAUCAACAAGCACGAACACCAAGUAUACCUUUCGAUUUAAAAUAUACAGUUCCUGGAAAACCAACUGUUAUUCCUGGAACUUCUAGUACUUUAACACCUAUUGAUUUAUCUGCCGGAUAUCCAAAAACAAGCACUGAUAACAACAAAGACAUUAUGAACGAAGUUCAAGACUUUUCAAUGCCAAAUAAAAAUAAACAAAUUAGCAGUAAUAAAGGAAAAUUAGAUAGUAUGUUAGAUAAAUUAAUGAAAAGAAAGAACUGUCCUACAGAUGAACCUGUAAUGGGAAAGGAGAAGAAACGUAGAAAAUUGGAUGAAAUAGUACUAGGAUUAAGUGCAGCGAAAGAACAGCAAAGCAGUCACUAUCCUGAACAUAGUAAAAAAAGUACAAUUACACCAAAUGUUACUGUAACUCCAACUUCAGCGCCAAUGGGGCUUCCAAAUCCUCCGUCAAGUACCCAAAAACCUUUUUCUAUUACUGUCACUUCAAUCCCUUCUUCGCGAGCAUCGAAUUCUACUUCUGGAUUACCUCCUCCUUCUUUACAUUCGCACAAAGAUAGUUUUUCUGCUUUACUUGUUCAAGCAGAGCAACAAAAUCGCGAAUUUAAAAAACAACAGCAACAUCAACAACAAUCUCAACAGCAGCAAUCUCAACAACAACAGCAGCAGCAGCAACAGCAGCAACAACAGCAGCAGCAGCAGCAGCAGCAGCAACAAAAUUUCAAUUCAACGCAUUCUUCAUCAUCGAGUGGUCACAGAAAAAGUUACGAAGCGAUGAUUGCAGAUAUUAACAAAGUUGCUGAAUACUCUUCUAAGAUCGGCUCGUAUUCUCAUGAAGCUAAAGUAAACAAGUGGUUAGCUGAACAAACUGCCAUGUCUGAGCAAUUAGGUGCAGAGUAUUUAAAUGCUCCUAGACGGCGGCGGCCACGUGUUGAUCCAUCCUUACUGGAUUGGAAGAAAUUAACGGGUGAAGAGAACGUUGCUGUAAUUAAUAGAUUAACGGGCAAAAAGGUUACUGGGAGCAAAGCGCCACAAUUAAAACGAUUGGGCCAAUGGUUGAUUGAAAACCCAAUGUUUGAUGUAGAUCCAAAAUGGGCAGAACUUGUAAAAGAACGUGGAAAUCUUCCACACGAUUUGCAAAAGAGAUUAUCAGGAAAUGAUAGAAGUAACGCAAAUAAGGGUAAAAGUCCAGGAAGACCUCCCAUGAUGCCAAGCCCUAAUAGUCAGCAAUCUGCGAAUCAAGCUAACCUGGCUGCCACGUCGAUGGCUUCAGGUUUAAAUUUCUCUUCGCUGGGUAAUUUAAAUAACUCACUUUUGUCUGGACUUUCUCUUGGCAAUUUCGAUCCAAAGAACAAUCCUCUUCUAAUGCCGUUCGGCGGUUUACCCAAUCUGGGUGCAUUGAGUGGAUUAGGCAAUCUUAAUAAUCUGAGUAACAUGAGUUUAACGAAUUCUUUAUUCGCAAAUCUUGCUGGACUUGGUUUACCAUCUUUAGCGGGUAUGGAAGCUGCUUUGAGUGCAACAGCAACUAGCACAGCAGCUGAAACGAAUCCAGUUGUUAGUUCUGUCAGUAGCAAAAAUACAGGUUCCACUAAUAUCAGCAGUGCUAGUAAAUCAUCACGGAACAAAUUGGAACCUCCUACAAGUAAAUCUUUGGUGCCUUCAACUUCAUCAGCAUCAUCUACGAUACCAACCACGACACCAUUUCCAUUCUUUUUCCCAAAUCCCAGUCUUUUAUAUACUCCAUUGGGUUUGGGUGGUUUGAAUCCAUUUUCAAUGCAACCUGGUGGAGUAUCAUCGGCCUAUGAAAGUCUCGCCCAGUGUGGACUUUUAAAUCCAUCAACAUCAAGUGCAUCGACAGUACGUAAACCUACAUCGUCGGCAAGUAAUUCAAGGCAACGCGACACAAUCACAGAAUCAACAACUAAACGAAAAGAUGCAGAAAAGAAAUCCAGGUAUUCCAUUGAUCCUGGGAUAACGUUGCAACAGUAUACGGAUAUGACGUUGCAACAUGAGGAACGACGAAAAAUAGAACAAGAGAAAAGAGAAAAUUUGGAACAGAACGAUGUAGCGGAUUUAUCCGACAGACGAACUGAGAGAAAGAACAAAGAACAAGAAAUGAAAGAAGCUUUGGAGCAUUUAAGUAGAACUAGUGCGGAACUUUUAACGAGAAACCUUGAAGAUCAACGAUCGAAUGAAAAAAGAAGUCGGAACGUAGAGCAUAGUCAGGGUUCUGAACAACAGACAUCGGGAAUGCUUGAAAUAACUCUCGAACCCAUCAAUAAGAAACCGAGAAUUGAUAUUGAAGUCAGUAGCAAACCUGUGACAAGCACAGCAACCACGCCAAUAACGUCUGCUGAUGGGUCAACAGGUGAAACGGAGCAUGCAGCACGAUCAUCAGUUGUAACAGUUAAACAAAGCUGCAUAGAAGAGAGUAAUACUUUUAGUGAACAAUCAUCAAAUACUAAUAAAAAAGAGACUGAUGAAACAGUUGCUACAAUAACAACUAUAUCGACACCUACAAUUACAGUUACAGUUGCAUCUACAGCUACGCCUACAUCUACACCUACACGUACGCCUACACCUAUAUCUACGCCUACAUCUACCCCAACGUCUACGCCUACAUCUACAUCCAUCAUUACACCUACCUCGACGACAUCGGUAACAAUAGGUUCAGAAGAUGCAGCUACAUCACAGUCAAGUACUAAUAACGCUAAAGGUGAUACGUCAAAGCUUUCAUCAGAAGUGGAAGAAGAUAAUAAAGGUACUAAAGGGAAAAAGGCGCGAAGUGGGAAACGGCUAAGUGUAGAGCCCCCGAUGGAACGAAAAAAUCUUCGCUCUAGUGCUGGAAGACAGGCGAGAGCUGCAGCAGAACGACAAGCCAGGAUGGAGGGUGAACUACAAUCUGAUUCACAAGAAACUCACACAACGACCGAGUGAAGUGAAAUAAAGUGAGUUCUGAAUAGUACUGGUGAUGUUAAUAAUCAAAUCUUCCGUUGUGGCGAUUAUUUUUAUUGCAAAAGUUCUGCAGUAUUCGCACAACGAUUUCCAGAUAAUUGUCGAUUUAUAUAAACAUUUAAAUUUAUGACUUAAUGAAACGACAAUUCUUAAUUAAACAGAGCACAAGUGCAUUCAAGGAACUUUAAAUACAAAAAAAAAAACAAAAUGAAAAACAUUUAUAAAAUUUAAUUUUUUCUUUCCAGUUUAUAGGAAAGAAAUGGGACAAAUAAUAAAUAACAAGUAAACCACAUACACAUUACCAUUACUAUCAUUACGAAUGUAUAACAUGAAGUUGUUAAGUAUGAAGGCUGGCAAUAGUAUUUUAUCAUUCGAUAUAUUGUGUGGUAAUUAACUUUUAAUUAUAUAACAUUACAAUAACAAAGUAUAAUUUUGUUAAAUUUAUUAUUCUUUAUGAUCUUUAUUGAUUUUGACGAGGGACUGUUUUAUAUAACUGCUGUCUACUAUUGCGUAGUUGCGCAACACUUCAAGGAUUAUUCAGACAUAAGAUAUAACCAUAAUGUAGUAAAUAUAGUAAUAACUUAAUUAAAAAAAGAAAAAGCAGUGUAAAUAUUAUAUACAUUAUGCCUAGAGACCGUAAGUGAUCGUGUACUUGGAAAAAUGUAUAUAACACAGUGUACUUUUAAUUACAUUAGGUAAUACAAUAAACAGCUUUUUUUGUUGUUUGCAAAUGCCAACAUUA